UCUACCGCUAAACGUUUCGUGCGAAUAACCGUAAGGACUGAGUACGGGAGACGAUCGGGAUAUAAUAUUUGAUCGCAGUUAGUAUAACGUUUUUAGUUGAAUUAUUUUAUUAGUGUUCGAAUUUUUAGUUUUUUUUUUUUUUUUUUUGUUGAACUUUUACCGUUUUGAAUAAAUUUCAUUAAUCAUCGACACGCUGGAAGUGCUGUUGAAACCUGAACUUACUGCUUGGUGUCAAAAUAUACCUGUGUUCCAUCGAUCAAGGGUUUAGUGCAUAAUGUCCAGUAGACAAUGAAACAGUAGUCCAACUUACGGAUCAAUACUGUAUAUCAUGGCUGACCCGGAGAGAACUAGAUUGGUGGUGCUUGGUGACGCUGGCGUUGGAAAGAGUGCAAUUUGUAAACGGUUUUUGUACAACUCGUUUUGCUCCAAGUAUAAGACGACGGUAGAGGACCUUUACAGCAAAGAAUUCAACGUCGGCACAGCCCAACAGCUCAAAGUGGAUAUCUUGGACACAUGCGGCAAUCCGCAGUUUCCAGCCAUGCGACGGUUAAGCAUAGCCAACGCCAACGCGUUCCUGUUCGUCUAUUCGAUCGACUGCGAACGGUCUUUCGAAACAGUCAAACGAAACUUCGAGGAAGUGCGCGAGCAACGUGAAGACUACCAAAUGCUGCCAAUUGUAGUGGCCGGCAACAAACUUGACCUGCCAGCCGACCAUAGACGCGUUACUGUGGAAGACGCUUCCGAAUGGUUAUACUGCGAGCUACCGAAAAUGAGGGUCAAGUUGAUCGAGUGCUCAGCUAAGGACAACGUGAACGUGCGCGAUCUGUUCAAGUGCUUGUUAGUGUUGUCCCGGAAACUGAACGGCACGGAAGACCAGGCGGCAUGCCCGUUGAAACGUCGGUCCAGCGCGUACGUCAGCCACACCAAAUCGUCGAGACGCGCCGCGGACAACGCGGGAACCGCCACGACUUCCGGUCCAGCGGGCUGCGCUUCCGGUCACGGUCGCGACGAGCAUCAGCUACAGCAGCAGCAGCAACAGCAACAACAGGAACGGGCGAAACCGCGCAGCCGUAGCCUGAUCAGACGGUGCAGCCGGAAGGCCAAACAACAGAUUAGGGACACGACCGCCGGCGGUGGUGGCGGUGGGGGUAACGGCGGUGGAGUGGAUGAUUGCAACGUCAGCUAAAUGACCGCAUAAUAAUAUUAUAAUAUACGAUGUACACAAUAUACCUACAUGAUAAUAAUAGGGUCUUCGGUUGACCGACAAAAACAAACUUCGCACUCGUACACAGUUCAUUAUAAUUUUAGUCGUUUUAUACCCGUUAUUAUGCAAUGUGUACCUAUAUAAUCUGUAUAGUUACCAAUUGGUGUUUUACCAUAUUAUUUUACAAGAUUGUAAUAUUGUUAAUCAACUUUUUACUGACCCCCUCCCCUCUAUGAAACUUGCAUCCAACAUUUUUAUUUUUUUGUCGUUCGCUUUACCAGCGUAUAAUAGCCGCUAACUAGUUAUUUUUCGAUAUUUUUGUUCUUUCUUUUUCAUUAUAAAAUUAUACUGUCCCUUUAACAUUUGAUUAACGUUUUGUUCGUUUGGGGUGUGCUCAAAUAAUAAUUACUAUUAUGUGCGUCGUUGACGUGCUUCGUGAAGUAUUUAUAUAGAACGGAGUAACUAAGUGUACUAUUUAUAUACCUAAGUACUGUAUUAUGAUAAUAAAAUAAUAAUUAAGAAAACGUCUUUUCAGCGGUAUUAUGUGUAACGCGUUUACAACGAAAUAUUAAGAACAAUAAAUUUUCUAGUUUCACAACCUCCAUACAAAUUUUGUAUAUAAUAUAUUAUGUAUGCACAUUCUGUAUAUACGUAUAUGUCGUUAAUUCAUGUUUAUCAGUCCAAUGUAGCCGACACUGCAAAUGCAAUAUUGGAACGACAAAAUCACUUUUUUGUCUCUAUAUAUUAUAUUAUUAUAUUUCCUGCACCAACCGUUCUCUUAAUAAUAACGAUAAACUUGUGUAUAGCUAUAUCAUAGUUAAGUAUAAAUUAUAUUCUUGUGUUCUUUUCGACGUUAAAUAAAACGUAUUAAAAUAGUUUUGAGUAAAAUCACUAUCUU